CCUGUCUUCACAAAUAGAUUGGGAAGGAAUCCAAUAUUUGAAAACACACACACACAAACUCCAUAUCUGCUUUUCAUCGAGCGUUCUUAUCUCUUCACAUUCAUUUGCUGCCUCUCCUUUUCUUGCUCUCGUUUUACUUGUAAACACAAAUAUCAUGGCUUCAUCUUCCUACAAAAAGUUUGCUCACUUACAAAUCCCUCUGGAAGAGAUAGUAUCCGCCACCAGCAAUUUUUCUGAAUCAAAUAUCAUUCAAACAACUGGAUUUGGAAACGCUUACAAAGGACAACUCUUGCGGUCUGAACAACUGAUUGAUAUUUCCGCACACAGGCUAGAUCGUAAGUUUGGGCAAGGAAACACUGAGUUCUGGAAGGAGAUCUCGAUUCUUUCUAGUCUCAAGCAUGAAAAUCUGGUCUCCCUUGUUGGUUUCUGUGAUGAGGUAGAUGAGAAGAUCGUCAUAACAAAGCUUGAGGCCAACGGAAGUCUGGAUAAAUUUCUAAGAGAUCCGACCCUGACAUGGAUCCGAAGAUUGGAGAUAUGUGUCGGUGUUGCCCACGCGCUGAGUUACAUUUAUUAUGACAAGGGACGUGAUUUUAGCGUUGUACAUCGUGAUAUCAAGAGCUCAAACAUUCUGUUAGAUGACCACUGGAAAGCAAAAUUAUGUGGUUUUAAUCUUUCCAUUAAUCAAAAAGCAGCUCGAAGGCACCGUUUUUGCCUUGAUAACGUUUGUGGUACAAUGGGGUAUUGUGACCCAACAUAUAUUCAAAGCGGAAGUGUUAGCCACAAGUCGGAUGUAUAUUCUUUAGGAGUCGUAUUAUUUGAAGUACUAUGUGGAAAGGAAGCAGUAAUCAUAGAGGAGAAUAAUAGGCUAUUAGCUCCAUUGGUCAAAUGCCACUAUGAACAAGGAAAAGUAGAUGAUCUUAUCGAUCCGGAUCUAUGGAAACAGAUGGACCCACAAUCAUUCAAAAUCUUCUCAGAAACAGCAUAUUAUUGCUUGAAGGAACAGCGAUCACAACGCCCAAGCAUAGAUCAGAUUGUCAUAAAACUUGAGAAAGCGUUGGAAUCUCAAUGGAAACAUGAAAAUCCUGUCUACACGAUUGGUCAAGGCACAACAUCCAAGAGCUUAAAGGGGAAAAACUUGGAGCACUUAGAGAUCCCACUACUUGAUAUAGAAAAGGCAACAGAGAAUUUUUCUGAAAAAUACCUAAUUGGGUCGGGCACAUAUGGUGAUGUCUACAAAGCAGAACUUGACCAUUUUGAUAUCAACAAUUUCUUGCCAUUAGAAGUGAAAAACAAAAGCAAACUUCCAAAGAAGCGCAGCUCUGUAGCUAUAAAGCGGAUAUUGAUUAGAGAAGACAAUCAAGGAGAACAAGGGUUCCUUGCAGAAAUCGAAAUGCUUACUAGUUGCAAGCACCCCAACAUAGUCUCUCUUAUUGGCUUUUGUAAUGAAGGUCGCCAUAUGAUACUUGUCUAUGAGCAUGCUUCUAAUGGAAGCCUUGAUGAAUAUUUGGGAAACACCGGUAGCUUGACUAAUCUUACUUGGGUGCAACGUAUAAAGAUAUGCAUUGAUGUUGCACAUGGUUUGAAUUACAUUCACAACAAGAUAGAGGAUGAACGAAGGAUAAUACACCGUGACAUAAAAAGCGGUAACAUUCUCUUGACUGAGAAUUGGGAGGCAAAGAUUGCUGAUUUUGGCCUUUCUAAAUUCCGCCCGGAGAAUCAACAGUUGAACACACUCUAUACAGAAAAUAUUGCGGGCACAAAAGUGUAUCUGGAUCCGGAAUAUGAUAAAACGGGUAGGUUGAAGAAUGAAACAGAUAUUUACUCUUUUGGGGUCGUUUUAUUUGAGAUGUUGUCUGGGAGGUUUGCGAAUGAUCCAAUUUACACCAAGGAAGAUAUUAACGGGAUUGCACCUGUCGCACGUAGACGCUUCAAUGAGGGAACAAUAAAGGAAAUGGUUGAUCCUAGGUUAUUGGAAGAAACUCAUGAAACCAUUUUCAAUCCAAAUAAAGGACCAGAUCAAGAUUCCUUAGAUGCAUUUUCAAAAAUUGCCUACCAGUGUGUGGCAGAAACCCAAGUUGAGCGUCCAACAGCGGAAGUCAUUGUCAAGAAACUUGAAGAAGCAUUAUCUUUUCAAGAAAACUCCAAAGAAAACAUCAAAAUUUCUCUCGAUGACAUAAAAUCGGCCACACGAAACUUCAGUGAUGACCACUUGAUUGGUAGGGGUGGAUUUGGGAAAGUCUACAAAGGACAAAUUACACAUGCUACUGGAUGUAAUGUCAUUGCUGCAAAGCGGCUGGACAGACAGUUCGGUCAGGGAGAACCAGAAUUUUUGUGGGAGCUGCAAAUUCUUUUGGAGUAUAAACAUGAGAAUAUCAUUGGUCUUGUGGGUUAUUGCAACGAAAUGGAUGAAAGCAUCAUUGUUUAUGAGUAUGCGUCUAGAGGAACUCUUGAUAGGUAUUUGUCAGACAAUGAUCUUUCAUGGAUUAAACGUCUUGAGAUAUGCAUUGAUAUUGCCAUGGGGUUAGAUUUCCUUCAUGGAGGUGCUGUAACUCAAGAUGUGGUGAUACAUAGGGACAUCAAAUGUUCAAAUAUUCUUCUAAAUGAUGAUUGGAAAGCAAAAAUUACUGAUUUUGUGCUUUCCUUGUUAAGUCCAAUAAAUAAGGAUAUUGAUUUUGUCAUCGAUAAUGCUUGCGGUACAAUGGGCUAUUGUGACCCACUUUACAUUGAAUUGGGUUUCUUAACAGAAAAAUCUGAUAUAUACUCGUUCGGGGUGGUUUUAUUAGAGAUCUUGUGUGGGAGAUUAUGUUUUGAAGAAAGCAAAGACCAACUUCCACGAUUCCUAACCACUAUGUUUAAACACCGCUAUGUAGAAGGAACAGUCGAUGAGAUAGCGUUUGAAGGCAUAAAGGAACAAAUUGUUCCAAAAUCGUUGUCUAUGUUUCAAAAGAUUGCCUAUCAAUGCUUACAACGUGAAAGAGAACAACGACCAACAUCUAGUGAGGUGCUACUGCAACUUAAGAAGGCAUUGGAAUACCAGAUGGAAAACACAUCUGCCAACAACAGAGCGAUUGUUCCUGCGACAAAUGAACUUGUUCCUCCUUUAUCACAUAAUGUGUUGGUGCCUCCACACAAACCAGAGAAAUUCAAUGGCUUGGAUUUUAAAGGAUGGCAACAGGAAAUGAUUGUCUACUUGAAAACACUCAACUUGGAUGGAUUUCUGACAAAGGAUCCACCCGAGUUGAAUGCCCAUGUAGGAGACAUUCAAGCACCAGCUGUCUUUGAUGCUUUGAAGAACUCAGAUUUCCUGUGUCGCAAUUAUAUAUUGAAUUGCUUAGUGGAGGCAUUAUCAAACAGGCAUAGUACCACUAAAACAGCAAAAGAAUUAUGGGAAUCCUUGGAGCGGGAGUACAAUACAGAGGAUGUCGAUGUUGUUGCACGUUUUCUAGAGUACAAAAUGGUGGAUUCUAAAGCAGUUGUGGAUCAGGUGCAAGAACUCCAGAUAAUCAUGCAUGACAUUCACACCGAGGGAACCACAUUGAGCGAGACUUUUCAAGUAGGUGCGAUUAUUGAAAAGUUGCCUCCAACUUGGGUAGAUUUCAAGAAAUAUUUGAAAAAUAAGAGAAAGGAAAUGAGUGUGGAAGACCUCAUCAUACAGCUACAAAUUGAGGAGGGCAAUAGGUUGGCUGAAAACAGAGGGUAUGUUUCAGAUGUGCCUAUUUAUUAGGGUAAUGUUUUAGAACCUGACAAAUCAUCAGAGGGCCAACAUUUGAAAGAUGGCUAGCGCAAAAAGCUAAAGCUUUAUCUUGGGUCAAAACUCAAAAGGUGGAAAGUUAGAAAAGAAAUUCUGAUGGAAAUGCUACAAUUUAGAUCAGUUUGGCCAAAAAGUUGGUAUCUUUUGAAAGGACAAAAAGACUUUUGGGAAAAGUUCCAAAAAGCAAGGUUUCUACUUUUCCAAAAAGUCAGUUUUCCUUCUAUAAAAAAUUGAAAAUGAACUUUUACCAAACAUUUUUUCUCUAUUAUCUUUUCCCAAAAGUCUUUUUGCCCUCUAAAAAGAUACCCCAAACACCCCCUACGUUGCACAAGUGAAAGAAGACGGGAGAAGUGAACCACUUAUACUUGUGUCACGCUAGAGGUGCCCAAAACGGCCCUUGUAUUUAUGAUUUCGUAAUUAAUCUCCUCGUGUGUAUAAUGAGAAAGAGCUGUAUAGACUUUUAAUUAAUGUCAUGCCAUCAUUUCUCAAGGGGUAAUUAUGUAAGAAAAAACCUAUGCAUUAUGAGAAAGAGCUGUAUAUAUUUUUUUGAAUACAAACCUUGGCUUUUGGCAAA